AUGUGCCAGAAAUACGAUUUGUCAUUGAAAGUUUGCUGCGCGUCGGCCAAGGUGAGCUGAAAUUUUCAGAUGUUUUUUGAGCAAAAAUCAGGCGAUUUUUUAGUUGCUCCUAUUGGCUAGUGGUGCUGGAAUGAUUGCGUUGGGUGUGAUUAUGUUGAUCUUGGGGUGAGUUUGCAGUUCGGGGUUACUACUGUAAGAAACCUUUAAAUUUUCCAGAAUACUCGCGGAGCACGGUCAUUGGCUUGGUGUCUAUUACAUUUGGGUCGGCGCAGCGACCAUCGUCACAGUCUUCUAUCCCGCGAAAUGGUGGAUCAUCCUGAAUUAUAUCGAUCAAAUUCUUCUUGCGAUUUUGUGUGUAGUUUGUGCGAUUAUUGGUCUCACCAGUCACGUGAAAACACUCACAAGUGAGUUGUGAGCUCAUGUUAAAAAUUGAGAAAAUAUUUUUUUUCCAGUCGUGUUCACGGUUGCCAGUGUUGGUGGAUGUGUUUUCUCGAUUUUGGCUUGUGUGGUUUUCCAACAAUUGCUUUGUUGUAAUGGUGGAUUUGGAAAAUCGCGUGGUGGAAGUAGUAGUGGGAGCGGAAGCGGAAGCGGUGGAAGCGGAACAAUGACAACUGGAACUGGAACUGGAACUCAAUAA